AGAGUUCAGCAGUUCUCCGCAAGUUUCUAACAAGUAGACUGGCUUUCUUUUUUUAAAUUCCUUUCGUGAUUUGAUUCUGGUCGCUGCAAAGAUGACCACAGCCGUGGUAUCGCCUUUCUUCGACUUCGAAGGAAUGAACAAGAACAACAAACUGCUUGGCUACAACAGCAACUUGGGUGUCUCCCAUACCAUUUCUGGUCCUUGCACUAGCACCAACAUGCCCAUCUCCAGCUCCGCCGGACCCCUGCUGGACAGGAAGGCGGUGGGAUCUCCCUCAGUGGGAGGUGUGUACCAGCGGCGGCACUCUGUCAGCAGCACAAAGUUCAACCAGAACCAAUUUCUGAAUAGCCUGAAGGCAGUGGACCACUCCUCACUCAUCUCAGGGGUUGGCAGUGCCAGCAACAACAAGGAGAACCGCCUGCGAGACCGCUCCUACUCCGAGACGGGCGAGAGGCUCAUCAACAAGUGCCUGGGCCCUGCCAGCCCCACCAACAACAGCCAAGUGAACUCCAGCCGUUACAAGACAGAGCUCUGCAGGCCCUUUGAGGAAAACGGUUCCUGCAAAUAUGGUGACAAAUGCCAAUUUGCUCACGGAAUCCAUGAACUGCGCAGCCUGAGCCGCCAUCCCAAGUACAAAACUGAGCUGUGCCGCACCUUCCACACCAUCGGUUUCUGCCCAUACGGGCCUCGCUGCCAUUUCAUCCACAACGCCGAGGAGCGUCGCGGACCUCCCCCACAGUCCUCCCCUCUAAACUCUUCAAACAAGAUGGACCGGCCUAGACUGCAGCACAGCUACAGCUUUGCGGGUUUCUCCAACUCAGCUGGGCUGAGAGACAGCCCCACUUCGGUCACCCCUCCACCCAUGUUCUUCCCUGAUGAGCUCCCAGAUUGGCACAGCAGUAAUCCCUUCACCUACUCCAGCCAGGAGCUGGCCAGCCUGUUCGGGCCCAGCCUUAGUGCCGGUACUGUAGGAACAGAACCCAACACACCUGCACCUCCCUCUCCAACGAGCACAUCUUACUGUUUCAGACCUAUGUUGGAGUCCCCUCAGAUUUUGGAUUCGUUAUCCAGCCCUCAAGACUCUCUGUCAGAUCAAGAGGGCUACCAGAGCAGCUCUGGUAGCAGCCUGUGUGGCUCUGAGUCCCCCACGCUGGACAGCAGCCGCCGCCUUCCCAUCUUCAGCCGCCUCUCCAUUACUGAUGACUAGAUUGCACGCAUCCACCAGUGACUUUAAGUUUGACGAGACAAAGAACAUGGCACUCCCCUCUACCUCUGCCCUUGAAGCUCCCCAGUCGUCCCUUGCUCAUCACGUUAGUUCCUUGUUAGCAUUAUGAGGAUGUAAUCAAUUAAGGGAACCCUCAGCUCAAAUCAUUUCAUCCCAGUUAAUCUGCACAGCAAGUUUUAAAAGAAAGUACCCUGCCAUGUGUCAUAGUGCCAAAAAAAAGGAGAGGAAAUUGAACAAUAAAAAUUGAGAACAAGAUUUGACUGUUUAUGCCAGGUGCCACUUGUUUUUUUUUGUUUGUUUGUUUUUCUCCUUCUUCUUCAUGUAUUCUUGAAUGUGUAGCAGCACAAGUGGCCUUGGAAAGGGGAGUGCUUUGCACUAGCCCUCAGCCCCCUCCCCUACCAUCCUCCCUGAUGAUACCACUUCCCCUGAGCUAACUGGAGGGUGCUCAGUAAUGAAUCAGUAGCUCUACAUCGCAGAUGUUUUUACAGACUGAGUUAAGACAGAUGGAGUAAAAA